CUAUCCACCUGUCGUACACACUCCCGACAUGCCUCAGUAUCAUGACGUAAUCCAAGAUGGCGGCGCCCAUGCGGAUUGGUGCCCUUCUAGGAAAGUAUGUGCUGAGACCAGGGAUGACCAGACCAUGUGCAGCCCUCACCACAGAUGCAGGGGGGAGUAAGGCCACCACUGCCCCACCCCAGGGGGCCAAGGCACCCCCACCCCCUCCCCCAAAGGCAGCAGAAGCUGAGGGAGGGAGUGUGCUUGAAGCCGCAGAAUCGCUUGCAGCCAAGCCACACCAGGGUGUCGCUCAGGAACCCACCACCAUUUCAGCAGCUGUGGCAGAGAUGGCCGCAGCAGAGAAAGCUAAGUCCCAGUCUCACGCUAAGGAAGGGCCAGCUUCUGCAGAGACAACCUCCUCAAGCUCUUCAUCAAGCUCAAGCUCUGGAUCAAGUUCAAGCUCUGAGUCAAGUUCAAGCUCUGAGUCAAGUUCAAGCUCUGAGUCAAGUUCAAGCUCUGGGUCAGAUUCUGAAGGGGAGACAGUCAGUGGACAAGCAGGGCUGAUAACUAAAGAAGCAGAUGCUACAGAGGUGAUAACUAAAGAGCCAGAUGCUACAGAGGUGAUAACUAAAGAACCAGAUGCUACAGAGGUGAUGAUUAAAGAUCCAGUGGCUGCAGAGGUGAUAACUAAAGAACCAGAGGUUGCAGAGGUGAUAACUGAAGAACCAGAGGCUGCAGAGGUGAUAACUGGAGAAACAGAGGCUGCAGAGGUGAUAACUGGAGAAACAGAGGCUGCAGAGGUGAUAACUAAAGAACCAGAUGCUACAGAGGUGAUAACUAAAAAACCAGAUGCUACAGAGGUGAUAACUAAAGAACCAGAGGCUGCAGAGGUGAUAACUAAGGAAACAGAGGUUGCAGAGGUGAUAACUAAAGAACCAGAAGCUGCAGAGGUGAUAACAGAAGCACCAAAGGCUGCAGAAGUGAUAACUAAAGAAUCUGACGCUGUAGAGGUGAUAACUAGAGAGCCAGAGGCUGCACAAGGGAAGAUUGAGGCACUGAAGGGGGAAGAAGUGAUAAAGGAAGCACCCGAAGAAGUUACACCACAACCGUCUGCAUUUCCAGAAGAAGGAAGUACUACUGAUGUCAAAGCAACUCAGGAGGAGCAAGUUGACAUACCCAAACCACCAGAGCCGGAACAGGUGGCCCAGGAAAAUGAAGAGAAGACCAGUGAGGACCAGGUCCUACCUGAAGAGCACCUGACAGCUGAUGAUGCAGGCACACCUGGUCUGGAAGGGGAGGCUGAGGAGACAGAGAAGCCAGUGGCAGCGGGGCCUGAGUACAAAGCUGGAGAGUACUACUCUUACAACCCCAUGUCUUUCUACGAUGUGGACGCCUCCUGCGAUGCGCACCGCUUACCUCAGCCAUCAAACAAGAAGUAG